CCGGCCUUUCCUUCAGACUUUUGCAUCUGGCAAACUCUGCCCGAUGGCGGAUAUGGGGACAUUGGGCUGCUCCGAUCAUUUGGCAGCUUUUUAUGGAUGGCCUCUCCUUCUCUUUUUAUGAUUUGUCCCGAUAUCUUUAAUUUCUUAUUUGCCUUCUUCAACUUUUCUGAUUCACUGCUUUAGCUACCCCUCAUUUCCUCUAUCUAUAGAUUUGGUACCAUGACUACAGAGAAGAAACCGGAUCUUGCACCAAAUACACGGCAGAUCCGAGCCUCUGUCUUGCACGGUGCAAACGACCUGAGAGUUGAAACUAGAUCUCUCUUCCCUCCUGGGCCUGCCGACCUCCAAAUUGCCGUGCGUUCCACUGGGCUCUGCGGCUCCGACCUACACUACUACAGACACUACCGCAAUGGCGACAUCAUUGUGCGAGAGCCCAUGUCGCUGGGCCAUGAAUCGGCCGGUGUCGUGGUGGGGGUUGGCUCUGACGUAAAGAACUUCAAAGUGGGAGACAAGGUUGCGCUAGAGGUUGGAUUGCCGUGUGAGCAGUGCGAGAGGUGUAAAGAAGGAAGGUACAAUAUUUGCAAAGGGAUGAACUUCAGGAGCUCGGCAAAGGCAUUUCCGCACGCGCAAGGGACACUGCAGGAUCGGAUUAAUCACCCCGCUGCUUGGUGUCAUAAACUGCCGGAAGAUGUUCCAUUAGACCUCGGAGCUAUACUCGAGCCUUUGAGCGUUGCCAUCCAUGCCUCAAGAAGAGCACGGCUUCCGGCCGGCGCCUCCGUUCUGGUGUUCGGCGCAGGCGCAGUGGGAUUACUAGUCGCAGCAAUGGCGAAGAUAUCCGGAGCAAGUACUGUGGUAAUAGCAGACAUUGACGCCGGGCGAGUCAAUUUUGCGGUCCAAAACAAAUUCUCACACAUAGGGUUCACGGUCCCGAUGAAGCGCGGCAACACGGUAGACGAGAACCUCGCAAUUGCAAGAGAGACUGCUGCGGAGAUUGGGAAAAUUGCGAAGGAGAGUGGAGAGCCAGUGGGUGAGGUGGAUGCUGUGUUCGAAUGUACUGGUGUUCCAUCUUGUCUGCAAGCCGCAAUAUAUGCAAACCGACCCGGAGGCAAAGUCCUCAUCAUCGGCAUGGGCACACCAAUCCAAACUCUCCCAAUAUCUGCUGCAGCCCUCCGAGAAGUCGACCUCGUAGGCGUCUUCCGAUAUGCAAACACCUAUCCAACGGGAAUCGAAGUCGUAUCAAAGAAAGACCCCGACUACCCCGAUUUCUCAAAGAUUGUCACACACAGAUACCGAGGGCUGGAGUCUGCAGAGGCAGCGUUUGAGAUGGCUGCCAAGACGAAGGAUGAUAAAGGGAAUCUCGUGAUUAAGGUGGUAAUUGAGACGGAUGAGGGGGAGAAGGCCAAUCUGUGAAGUAUUUGAAACGCAGAGUUUGGGGUAGAAUCGCCUUAGUAGGAUGACAUUACUACCGAGUUCGCC